CCAAAGUUACGAGCUGCAAGUGUGUUCGCGUUCCGUCGAAAUCAAUAACUAGAAUUGCUGUGCUAUUAUAAAAUAUCGGUGUCGCGCCCAACUCAGUUAUAUAAAAAGUGGAAAAGUUAAUAGUCGCGCAUACGCACGUACAUAUAUACAAAUUUAUAUCUUGGAGCUUGUGAUCUAAAUAAAAACGCACACCUAUACAUACAUACAUAUACAUAUGUACAUAUGUAGAAAUUGUAUUUGCAAAGUUAUUGGGAAACAAAUGAAAAUAAAUACACAUUAAAUAUGUCUCGAUCAAUGGAUUCUGAACAUUUCUAAGUGAGCGAGUGUUGAACAUUCGGUAAAAAAAGAGUUUAUCUGCGCUUUUGCAAAAGAAUAAAGAAAAUAACGUCGAGCCAGUUGUACUAUAGACGCCAUUUUUAUUUCCGUAUAUUCCUUUAUACGAAGGUCACAGUAUACAAGCAUACAUACGUGAAACAACAAGCGUAAACGCACAUAUAUAGUACAUACACACAUUUAUUGUUGUGUGUAUAAUUAAAGAAAAAAUACAAAGUUAUACAACCCAAGAAUAUUAAACAAACAAAGCAAACGCUAAUAACAAACAACAGUGAAUCAUCACUAAUAGAGCCAGUGGUAAAACUAAAUUGAACGGAAAAAUUUGUGUGAGUGUAAUGUUAAUGAAUCUGUGCAGACAACAAAUUUACAUCAACAUCAUACAAAAGAGAGUAGCGGUAAAAAAGAGAAUAGCAGUGCAUCCGAGUACCAUGUUUAGAAACUUCAAAGUCCAUCAUACGAUUCCUUUCUGGGCCAUGCAUGGAUUAAUAGCCAGUCAACAAAGAAUAAUUAAAACGCCGAUAAGACCGUGCUGUGCCUAAUUUCUUCAUAGUCAUCCUGUUUCUUCACGAACAUACUCAAGUUUCGUUGUCCAGUCACCUGCGUAGACCAACUCGUACGUUCUCUUGCACUUUGAGAUAUAUUCUUGGCAACCGAGAGUCGUCUUGAUCAAUCCAAUCAUGAAGCUGCUGGAGAGCUCACGCUUCGAGGCCAUUAACAAUGCACUGUCCAUCCAGACAGGUGGCAUCACAAUUUUUGGACGCAUCGAAAGCUACUCAUGCAAAAUGGUUGCUGCUGAGAAGACGUUGUAUAAGCGCUUCACAGCUGAGACACACGGUCACGAUUUGCAGGCCUUGUCUCCCCCGCAGACAUUGUCGGACUUUUCGCCCAAUUUUCAUCGCAACAACAGCCAGUCGGGUGAUGAGGGGGUCAUUCUUUGCGACACAAUCUCUCGCAAAACAUUGUUUUACUUGAUUGCUACAUUAAAUGCUUCAUUUGAGCCCGAUUAUGAUUUUUCGGAAGCUAAGUCGCAUGAGUUUAGCAAGGAACCAUCCUUGCAGUGGGUGAUGAAUUCUGUUCACUCAAAUUUAUCAGCUUUGGCUGGUGAUCAAUAUCAGGUUUUACGUCAACCAUUAUGGUCAGCCGUGGAUGACGAGGUCAACCUAUCAGAAUGCGACAUAUACAGCUAUAAUCCGGACCUAAGCUCUGAUCCCUUUGGCGAGCCCGGUUGCCUAUGGUCAUUCAACUAUUUCUUUUAUAACAAGAAGCUCAAACGCAUUGUUUUCUUUACCAGCCGUGCCGUUAACUCGCUUUAUGCUGGGGAAACUUCAGAUUUUUCAAUGGAAGAAGACUAUUAAUCAGAGAAGGAUUGUCUUCACACAAACAUUUGUCAUUUGCUCUGACUUUUUUUUAUUCCUAUUCUUAAUAUUUGCGUUAGCAUUAGUAACGCACUUUCGGUGUAUGAUUUGUACUAAGAACAAACACCUUAAAUUAAUUUUUUUUUGCAUACAAUUCUCAACACGCAUCACCUUGUAUGUAUCUACUUAAGAACAGUAAAAGUAGGUACACGUUUAAUGUUUAAUCAAGUAUUUUAUUCAAAACAAUAUGAAUUGUAAUUCGCUAUGAAAUUAAAAAUAG